CCUGAGAAAUAAUGUAGAAACCAUGGCAUUGGUACUCAGGGGAGUUCCAUCAUUCGCUAAACGUGGUUCAAGAAUCCCUCAAAUUAUUCAAUUAUUAUUUCCAAUUCCAUUCCAAGCCCAGCACUCCUUUUCCACCGCUUCUUCUUCUGAUCCUCUUCUUUCAAAGUUGCUUCAAACACCAACCUCCAAAAUCAUAAGUACACUUGAUUCUGAGCACAGGUUUAAUCUCAAAAGUUCUCAACUUUCAUGGGAUCCUCUCAUUACCAAUCUCAGAUCUUCCUCUCCUGAGAAAGCACACUUGGUUUUAGAAUGGAGAUUGGGGAGAAUGCUUGAUGAUAAUGAGAUAGAUCAUGAUGAAUACUCCAGUUUAAUAUCUCUUUGUGGAAAGAUUCAAAAUGUGUCGCUUGCAAUGCACGUGUUUGCUUCGAUGGAGGCUCGUGGAAUUAAACCCACAACUUCAGUUUUCAAUUCUCUUUUAUAUGCUUGCUUGUUAUCAAGCAAUGUGAUAACAGCUCUUAGCUUGUUCGAGAUAAUGGAGAAUUCCGAGAGCUAUAAACCUAAUUCUGAAACUUAUGACAAGUUUGUAGCAGGGUUUUCGAAUUUAAGAGAUGUUAAUAAAAUGCAAGCAUGGUUUGUGGGGAAAAGGGCUGCUGGUUUCUCUGCUAAUUUACAAAACUAUGAGUGUCUUAUUUCUGGUUGUGUUAAGGCUAGAGAUUUUGAUACUGCUGAUAGACUAUAUGAAGAGAUGAUGUCCUUGGGAAUUAUGCCUAGUUUACACAUAAUGGAAUGGGUGCUGGAAGGGCAUUGCAAACGGGGAAGCUGUGAUAAAGUUAAAGAGUUUUUAAAUUUUUUGCUGGAAUGUAAGUUUGAGAUCAAUGGGAAUAUGAUUGAAAAUGUUGUCAGGCUGUAUUCUGAGCUUGGGAAAGUGGAUGAAAUGGAGAUGCUACUCGAAAUGUUAAUGGAGUUCAAUCAGAUUGGUGAGGCAUUAUUGCAGCUGCACUGUGGGAUUAUAAGAUUCUACGCCAUGCUGGAUAAGUUGGAUGAUGUUGAAUUCUCUGUUGGGAGGAUGAUGAGUCAGGGGAUGUCAUUUAAAGGUCCAAGUGAUGUUGAGAAGGUUAUCUCUUCCUACUUUAGGCAAGAGGCUUAUGAGAGGCUAGACUUGUUUCUGGAACAUAUUAAGAGCUACUAUAAGCUCACUAGAUCAACUUAUGAUUUGUUAGUUGCUGGUUACAGAAGAGUUGGAUUGAUGGAGAAAUUGAAUUUAGUGAUGGAGGAUAUGAAAUUGGCAGGAGUAUAGUGUCCUGGCUUUUGAUGCUAAGCUCUAACAAAUUCAGAUGGGCUCUGUUAAGUUGUUAACUUGGUAGGAUAUUACUGGCUCAAUUGAAUGAUGAAGUCUAUUUAGCACUGAAGUUUCAAGGGUUGAAUUUGCCAAAACAGGUUCGCAAGAUGUGAUUUAAGGAUAUGCUGUUGGCAUAUGAGAUCCUCUAAUAGGUUGACAUUAAUUAGUUCCUCCAUUUUCUGAAGAUUGAUGCCGAGUAGCCUCCUGGAGAAACCCGAGUAGUUCGGUGGAUUCCAUUUAUGCUCUUGCAUUCAGUGGACCAUGCCUGCACUAUUUUUUUUUUUAACUCAAGCCAUGGAGUGAGAUAUAUAAUCAGAUAACACUCUCUAAAACCUUUUUCUUGGAAGACGAGGUUUUUCUUUACAGAUUAAUGGAUGUGUCCCCUGCUUGCGCUGCCAUUUUAAUCGGCAAAUCUCUGCCAUAUGUUGUUAUCUGAGAGGAAUUUAAGCAUGGUUGCUCGACUUUGUUUAUGUUCACAGUUUGAUAUUAUACCAAUCAAAUUACAAUAGGAUUGUAAUUCCCA